CAAACCGAUCCGAUUAGCAUUGAGAUAUUCGGGAGGGACGAAAGGGAAUUGUUUCUACGAUACAGCGGAAUGCCCUGACAAUUCUUUCCUCGACAUCAUCCAGGAGCUUCUGGUUGAUGUUUGACUACACUCACCUAUAAUAAUUCACAUACAUGGCUUCGACGGACUCGCACAACGGAACUUUCGGCAGAUGGCGUCCACGAAUGCACUUGAUUGCGCCACGAGGAUGGCUGAAUGAUCCUUGUGCCCCCGUGUAUAAUGCGUCGACUGGAAAGUACCAUCUCGGCUUCCAAUGGAAUCCUGACGGAUGGGAUUGGGGAAACAUCGCAUGGGGUGCAGCGAUAUCAGCUGAUUUGAUCAACUGGGAAGUAUCGGAAACUCCAUCCAUCGCUCCUUCUGCGACAGAGGAUAAAGCUGGUGUCUUCACGGGUGCGGUAUCACCAAUCAAUUUACCAAGGAAAGGCUCUCGGGAUCAUCUAACGUGUUUUUAUACAUCGGCACAAGGAUUCAAUAUUCACUAUAGCCGACCUUACGAGAGAGGCUCUGAACGACUACAUGUCGCAACAUCUGUUGAUGGUGGGAUCUCAUGGCAGCGCUACCUGCACAAUCCUAUUCUUUCAGGCCCACCGUCUCACCUUUCGGUCACAGGCUGGAGAGACCCGUACAUAUUUCGCUGGCCUCGACUCGAUCGUACAAGGGGAUCUGCACCUGGAUCUAACUUGUAUGGCAUCAUUUCUGGUGGUAUUCGUAACACCUCUCCUACUAUCUUCUUGUACACCAUCAAUGAAGCGGAUCCCACCAAAUGGACAUUUCUGUCCACCCUUCUGGAGCCUGGCCUGAACUUCUCUCCCACCAUACUUGGCGGCGAUUUCGGUGUCAACUGGGAAGUCGCGAACAUCAUCACACUCGAAGACCAAGAUCGCAGAGAGUUUGAUAUCCUCGUCGUUGGUGUCGAAGGCUGCAAGGUCGAGGACGAAACUGCUCUGGCUGGUCCAGCGCCAGUACCACGAGCCGCACGCUCAGGUCGCAGUCAAAGAUGGCUUUGUGGAGUUCUGCAAGAAUCAUAUGGAAACAAGACAGCCAGAAUGGAACACAAUUUCUCUGGUAUCUUGGACUGGGGCGUGUUUUAUGCCGCAAAUUCCUUCUAUGACCCGGUAUCAAACCAACGCGUCGUGCACGGAUGGAUACUGGAAGAAGACUUGGGCGACGAGCUUCGCGAAGCGCAGGGAUGGAGCGGCUUCAUCUCGUUGCCGCGCUCGCUGAGUAUGCAGACGAUCAAGCAUGUUGAUGCCACUUGUACGGAUGUUCUAGAGAAGGUACCUGGAUUCACAUACUCUAGCGAUGAAAAUGGUAUCUUUGAGGUUUCGACGAUAUGCUGUCAACCACACUCGCAACUGCAGACCUUGCGGCGCGGGGAGCCAUUAUCACUCAAUUCCAUGGUUGCCCUGCACAGUCUUGACGCUAUGGAUGCCCCCCGUGCAGACCUCCAGAUACCUGGACUGCCUAGUUGGGAGCUCGACAUGUCCCUGUCAUCCGACGUCGAUGUCCAAACCUUUGGCAUAGACAUUUUCCACUCUCCAGAUCACAAGUCACUCACACGCAUCCUCUUCGAACCAGCAAAAUCCCUCAUCACCAUCGAUCGCUCACUAUCACGCGACCCAGAUUCAACAAAAUCGAUAAGGAUUCAUCCUGAGGUCGCCCACCAUGCUUUCUUGUCCAUUCGCGACAAAGACACAAAUAACAUCAGACCUGAAAAUCUGGAUAUCAAGAUCUUCUUCGAUGUCAGUGUUCUGGAGGUCUUUGUCAACAGUCGCACUGUCAUAACGACGAGAAUAUAUCCCGAGUCAGGAAAAUGCUAUGGAAUAUCACCUUUUGUGAUUAAUGAGAAGGAUGUUGAGAGUUGUGCAUGUAUGGAUAGAUUCAAGGUCUGGGAGCUUAAUGCCACCACUUCAGGUCAAAGAGUGGAGAAGCAGUAAUUAUCAGGAUAGAAUCCAUAGAUGUAUACACCAGCCUUGUAGAAUGAAUUUCGUUUAGCAGACAGUCG